AGAGGAACCUGACCUAAGAGCAGCACCUCAAAAACAAGGUAUUUUGUUGUUCAGCUAGAUUAAUCUUUUGAAAACAAAAAAAAAUGGAUUUCUUAAACUCCUCUGACCAAAAUUUAACCUCAGAAGAAUUGUUAAAUGGCAUGCCAUCCAAAAUUUUGGUGUCUCUCACUCUCUCCGGACUGGCCCUGAUGACUACAACUAUCAACUCUCUCGUGAUUGCUGCAAUUAUUGUGACCCGAAAGUUACACCACCCAGCCAACUAUUUAAUUUGCUCCCUUGCAGUUACAGAUUUUCUUGUCGCUGUCCUGGUGAUGCCUUUCAGCAUUGUUUAUAUUGUGAGAGAGAGCUGGAUUAUGGGGCAAGUGGUCUGUGACAUUUGGCUGAGCGUUGAUAUUACAUGCUGCACAUGCUCCAUCUUGCAUCUCUCUGCUAUAGCUCUGGAUCGAUACCGAGCCAUCACAGAUGCUGUUGAGUAUGCCAGGAAAAGGACUCCCAAGCAUGCUGGCAUUAUGAUUACGAUUGUCUGGAUUAUCUCUAUUUUUAUCUCUAUGCCUCCUCUAAUCUGGAGGCAUCAAAGAAUUAAUCGAGAUGAUGAAUGUAUCAUCAAACAUGACCACAUUGUUUCCACAAUUUACUCAACAUUUGGGGCUUUUUACAUACCAUUAACGUUGAUUUUGAUCCUCUACUACAAAAUAUAUAAAGCAGCAAAGACGUUAUACCACAAGAGGCAGGCAAGUAGAAUCGUCAAGGAGGAGCUGAACGGCCAAAUCCUUUUAGAAAGUGGUGAGAAGAACACUAGACUGGUCUCGACACCCUACUUGCUAGAAAAGUCUUUAUCUGAUCCAUCAACAGACUUUGAUAAAAUCCAAAGCACAAUAAGAAAUCCCAGGUCUGAAUUAAAGUAUGAGAAAUCUUGGAGAAGGCAAAAGAUCUCGGGCACAAGAGAGCGCAAAGCAGCUACUACCCUAGGACUAAUCUUGGGCGCAUUUGUAAUAUGUUGGCUUCCCUUUUUUGUGAAAGAAUUGGUUGUUAAUAUCUGUGAAAAGUGUAAAAUUUCUGAAGAAAUGUCAAAUUUUUUGACAUGGCUUGGUUAUCUUAAUUCCCUUAUAAAUCCGCUGAUCUAUACAAUCUUUAAUGAAGACUUCAAGAAAGCAUUUCAAAAACUUGUGCGAUGCCAAUGUUAGAUUAAAGGAGUCUCAUUAUAAAAAAAGAUUUUCUGAAGUGAAGAAUAAAUAAAUGCUAAAUAAUAAAAAAUUGAAACAUUGACAAGGAAAUAAAUCACUAAAAUGAUAAGAAGAUGAUUUACAUUCUAUAGCAACAUAAAGGCAAUUUACUGAUUUAAACAGUUUGACUUAAUCAUUCUAGAGUGCACAAAAUUAGAAAAAAACAUGCUUAGAAUAAUAUUUUGUCUAUAAAAUAUUUUGUCUAUGCAAUAUUUUUGUUCUUAAAAUGCUAACUAAACUACAUAUUGAUAUGUAUAUACAUAUAUAAAAUUAUUAUUAACAGAAUUUUAUAGCUUGUCUCACAAUUACAGACUUUUCAAUGAACAACAUACCUCCAUAAGUAAAUUGUAUAUAUAUAUGAUCAUUUUGUUCAUUAUACAAUUCUGGUUUCUUUUUUAUAGAAAAGAUAUCAUUUACUCAAAGCACAUAUUUCUCCUAGAUAAAUACUACUAUUCCAUUUCCAUCUUACCCUGAGCAAAAGAAGGAAGGAGAAGAUAAAGAGAAAUCUUAUUUGAUACAAUGGAAAAAAUGUAAAAGUCAAAGAAUAUACUGUCAUUAGAUAGUGAAGAGUAAUCAUACAGAAAGAUACUUAAAAAUAAUUUUAGAUACUGAACUUGUGCAUAUUUAACAUAUUUUUGUCUAAUAUCAGUUUCCAAAACAAUUUUUUCUUACUCAUCUAUUAUCAACAUUUGAAAUCUGUCUUAGCAGAGGUUUUCUAAUUAUAUCAUGUAUAUUUCAGAUUCAAUUUGAAGGUACUAAGUACCCUAGAUUACUCACUCUAGUAAUCAUACUUCUAAUGACUUUUAAAAUUAUAAAAUAAAAAAUAUAAGAAGUAUUUAUUUCUGAUUAUUUGAGUAAGUUCAGUUUUUAACCAAAAUGUUAUAAUGUUCAGUUCAACAGCUUCAUAUCUUGAAUUGAAACAGCAUUUACUUUUUGAUGAAGAAAAUGGGAUAGGUUCUCUGGAACUUUGCAUUGACCUCCCUAGUAAAGGUUCUUUACAGAUAGAUAGAUAGAUAGAUAGAUAGAUAGAUAGAUAGAUAAUAGAUAGAUAGAUAGAUCUUUCAGUCAUUCCAGUAAUCUGUGGAGCCAAAGCAAUUCCAUAGUUUCUAACCAUACUUAUAUAAGCAAUGAAAACAACAGAAUCUUGCUGCUAAGGUUUUAUUUCAUUUGAAUUGGCAAAGUCAUAGAACACAUUUCAGAAGGUCUAUCCUCAACCAAGAUCACUUGAAAAAUGAUACAUUUAUUUUUCUGUUAAAUAUAUACCUUUAGGUAUAUUCUUAACACAAGUUUGCAUCCCUAAAUGAUGAGAUACACUCUAAGAAAUGUGUUGUUAUAUGAUUUCAUCAUUGUAUUAGUGUCAUACAAUGCAGUUGCCUAAGCCUAGGUGGCGGAACAUUACAUAUAAGAACCAAUAAUAUUAGAUCUAUCAAUAUGUGGCACAUGACUGUAUUUUUUCCUGGUGAGGUGCUUAAGAUUAUAUCUCAUUAAUGUUUUAUAUGAGAGUGUUCACAAUAUAACAGAUAUUUAUAAAGUUCUUAUUUUAUAUGAGGUAUUAAGA